AGUUGGUCCAUAAGCUGCCGUAAAGGACAGUCGCGCUAACUUACGUAAAAAAUCCGUUUAAAGUUUCAUAUAAUUUACGGUUACGCUACAAGAUGUCGAAAAGUUUAGCUAGUCACUGAAAAUAUUUGUAGAUUUUGUGAAGAAAAAUAAUUUUUAGUGUUAGUUUUUUAAAAAUUAAAGUAAGUUCUAUUUGAAUAUCUUCAAACAUACUUAAAGAAAAUGACGUCGACAUUGUUCACGGGUAUUACCGUCUACGCACUGUGUCUUCUAGUCAUAUCCAGUACUGUACAAGGCGAUGAUCCGGUUGGCGAUCCGACAGUGGAUACUGCAACAUCACAAGACAAUAAAAAAGAAGAUGCAUUAGCAAACUCUAUUAAUGAUUUCGGUUUCAACUUGCUAACUAAAAUGUUGGCAGACAAUGACGACAAAAAUAUUAUAAUUUCACCAACUGGAAUUGCUGGUUUACUAUCAAUGGCGUUAUUGGGAAGUGUCGGUAAAACAUAUGACGAACUGGCGAAUAUGCUCGGGUUUUCCCAAGAUGUAAGAAUAAAUCGAGCGAACCACGAAAUGUUCGGAGACCUGCUAAAAGCCUUAAAUGACAACACCACAACAAGUAGGACAAUGUUCGCCGACGCAGUUUUUGUCGACGACGAUUCAAAACUACGUCCAGAAUACCGUUCUUAUUUAGAGAGAGUGUACAAUGGGGAAGCUGUGCAAGUCGACUUCACAGACAAAGAGACUGUCAAAAACUUAAUAAAUGAAUGGGUGAGUAACCAAACGAGUGAUAAAAUAUCAAACUUCUUGAAGGAUACACUGCCAGUGAACACGAAGGCCGUUUUGCUCAGUGCCUUGUAUUUCAGUGGUCAGUGGAAGCAUCCCUUCACGCCAGAAUUCACUAUGAGAUUACCGUUUAAAAAACCAAAAGGAGAGAUAAUGGUCGACCUAAUGUUGAAUGCAGGGAAGUUUAAUACUGUCCACUCUGCAGAACACGAGCUUAGAAUGGUUGCUCUACCGUACAAUGACAGCACUACAACCAUGUAUCUCAUUAAACCCCGGAAUCCAGAACAGAUGAGCCUGCCGGAGUUACUCAAUCGUUUGAACUAUACGACAAUAAAUAAACUAAUUGACAACCUUCGCAAAAACACAUGCCUCAUUAGAUUACCCAAAAUGGACCUUCAAUACAAUGCUAAUUUAGUAAACCCAUUAAAAGCGAUGGGUUUAUCGUCCAUUUUCAUUCCGGGCCAAGCAAACUUUGCGCUUAUGAUUGAAGAUGUAAACUUAAACAAAACUGAUGAACUGGUAACGAGAAUAAACUCCGAGGACGAGAAAAACUUAAAGGAUAUCAUUGCUGCCCUACCGGACCCGGGGGUUCAUAUAGAUGAAAUUAUUCACGACGUAAAGAUUACCAUUGAUGAAUACGGCACAGAGGCUGUUGCGGCGACUGGCGGAUUCUUGGCCCGUUCGGCUGACCUAUUCUACGCAGACUCACCAUUUUAUAUGUUCAUUAGGAACGAGAAAACUAAACUUGUUACAUUCAGCGCGGCCAUAUUCGAUCCGUUAAGCUGAAGUGUUACGUAUAAUUAAUUUUCAUAAGAUAAACAAAAUGUUAGAUUAGAUACUUAAUGUAGGAACAAUGUGUAACUUAAAUAACAGAUAUGUGGUCAAUGUACAUUGUAUAUUGGCUAUACAGGGUGCUCGGGAGUAUUUCCCAUAACUCCAACAUGUUGACAAGUCCACUUAUAGUAGCCAAACUGCUUAACUAAUACUUUUUAACGAACGAAAAAAUAAAAAAGUUUUAAUGAUUUCGUACAAAGUAAUUAAAACAAUUCCGACUAUCUAUGUAACGCACGCCCUUAUUUUAAUCCUUGCAUUAUAAAAAAAACGUAAAAAAUGGCUUGGUCAUAGUUUAUGGGACACAUUUUUAGAUCUAUUUACAAAAGAAAUACUAUUUACCUCGAAAAUAUUAAUUUUAGAACACAUGUUCCUAGGGAUAAUGACAGUUUUUUAAAUUGCAUAUAAAUUAGGAGUACACUAAUAGUAUAGCAAUUUUGUGAAAAUAAUAGGGCAUCUGCGAUCAUUACUUUCGGAGCUACAGGGAUUUAAAGGGUCAGAUUUGCGGCGCUGCCGCGGAUCCCUGAAAAAUGCCCCAUACAAAAUAGUACGAUUUAAUGACGUAGUAGGGCAUUAAGAUCGUUAGAUUUGUAUGGACGUUCAAACAAAAUUACUAAUAUCUUUGUUAUUUGAGAAUUGUCACAUAUUGGAAAAUGUCACAUUUAAUGUAAGGAAGCUAAAACUGUAAGAUGUACAAUCUUAUUUAAGUAUUUUGCAAAUAUCCAGUCAAUCUUUGAUUUUUAUGUAUAAAUUAGUUAACAUUAACUUUAUUUACCCGAAUGUAUCAUAAAAAUCAAUAUAUUCAAACCUAGUCAUCAUCCCCAUUAUUUUUCGGUAAAGAAUAUAAAUAACCCCAGAGUCAUGGGAAAUACUCCCGAGCACCCUGUAUAGGUAGUUCAAAAUAAAAUUAUGGACAACUAUAAGUGAAAUUCUGUAACUAUAAGUUUCUGUAAAUAUAAGCACAGUUUAUCAAUUACAAAUUUUUAGUUUAUCUAUAGUACCUAAAGUAUAUGAAAAACUUUGUUUAAUAAUUUAGAAGUCAUAAUAUCAACGUCCUAUUUUCAACCUGUUGGCUGCAAUAUCAAUAUUAAAAUUAAAUAUACUAAACUUUUUUAAAUGUGCAUUUACUUUUCAAUAAUUAAAAUAGAUAAUUAAAUAUUAGAAUAGUACCUAAAAAAAUAAAAAAAAAUUAGUUUUUGAGAAAAUAAAAAGUGUUUUUUUUUUAGAAUAUUUCUCUUUCUUUUAAGAUAUACAAUAUCAUUCACGGUUUUUACGUUGUUAUACAAAAAACCCUAUAUUUUUAGAUAUAAAAACCACAUUUUUUGCUUACAGAAGAACAAUUUCUUUAUCAGAAUUUUAUUCUAUAUUUUUCUAUACUGUUAUUGAGAUUACUUCGGGGACACUGAAAGCGUUAACAACUCUGGUGGGUGACAGAUUCCUCGGAUCUAUCACCCGAAUGACGGUCCUGAACGAGCCGCCUGCGUCCGGCUCUCUUACGGCGGAUAGGAUAAGAGUCCACAUCAACCUCUCAACCUAUUCUACGCUGACCAGUAGCAUAGUGCACGUCAUAGAUGCAAAAAUGCACUCUCUACCCUAAGGACUCAAUACAAACCCAUGUUGGAUUACAAAAUACAUAGCUGGACAAGGAGUUUUCCAAUUUUUACUUAUAGUGCACACCCUAGUUAAAAACCUUAUGCACAUUACACCAUUUUACAUGUUCAGUAGGAAUGAGAAGGCUAAACUUUUUACAUUCAGCGCGGCCAUAUUCAAUCCACUAAACUAAAGUGUUACUGUAUGUUUGAUUUUCAAAAGAAAACAAGAUAUUUUAUAUAUUUCAUGUAUUGUGUAACUUAAAAUACAUUGGCUAUAUUUUAGUUAAAAAUUAAAAUUAUAGAACAUAGUAACCUAAAUGAAGUUCUGUACCUAUAUAUGCACAGUUUAUCAAAUUGAAUUCUAUUGAUAUUACAGUACAGUGUAAUAAUUUUGUUCAAUAAAAUAGAGUUUAAAGAUGUAUCAAUAUUAAUAAAUGCUAAAAUUGAUUACUAAAUGUGCAUUUACUUUUAAACACUAAUUAGUUAUAUAGUACUAUAUAGUAGGUAAACAAUAAGUGAAGUUGUAAAAUUUUAACAUUACCAAAAUAAAGAAAAGUUACUAUUAUUCCA